CUCUCUCUCUAUCUCUCUGUCUGUCUCUAUCUCUCACCGAGUUCUUUAUCAGAUCACGUUUCUUUUCUGCAAUCAAAUCCUUAGCCAAGAAGAAAAAAAUACCCAAAAAGAAUAAGAACCGGCAAAAACCCUAGGACCCAGAUUGAGCUCUGGUGGUUAAUGCGUGUGUUUGAGAGAGAGUGAGAAGCCCUCAUUAACAGUGGAAUGGAUCAAUGGAUGACAGACGAUCAGUUGAAGGCGGAUUUAGCCCCUUCUUCGUCCUCUCAGCCUCCCAAUCGCUCCCACAACUUGCAUCCCGAUUCCAGAAGAAGUGUUGAUGUUGAGAUAAAGGAUCCAGUUGCGGCAAGAAAGGUUCAGAAGGCUGACCGUGAAAAGCUGAGGAGGGAUCGACUGAAUGAGCAAUUUCUCGAGCUGGGAAGCACAUUAGAUCCAGAUAGGCCCAAGAAUGACAAGGCAACCAUCCUUACAGACACAGUCCAAGUGCUGAAGGAUUUAACUGCCGAAGUCAACAGACUAAAAACUGAGUGUGCAGUGCUUACUGAAGAAGCGCGUGAGCUAACACAGGAGAAGAAUGAGCUUAGAGAAGAGAAGGCUUCAAUAAAAACUGACAUUGAUAAUAUGAACGUUCAGUAUCAGCAAAGAGUCAGGGUUAUGUUCCCAUGGUCUGCCAUUGAUCCUUCUGUUGUAAUGGGUCCGCCUUAUUCAUACCCAGUUCCUGUACCUGUCCCUCCAGGCGCAAUCCCUAUGCACCCAUCUCUGCAGCCAUAUUCCUUCUUUGGAAAUCAGAAUCCUGGUGCCAUUCAUAAUCCCUGUUCAACUUUCAUCCCUUAUCCGACUCCUCCCAACCCUCCAGUGGAGCAGCCAUCGGCCCAACAAGCAUCCACGUCCCAGAUUUCAAGAAAACAAGAAUCCAAAAGUAAGUCAUCGUCAACUCAUCAAAGGGCCAACAAUGUUGAAAGAUGUGAUGAUUCUAAUGAUGUGGCAACAGACCUCGAAUUGAAGAUGCCUGGGUCAUCAGCACAACAGGAUUCCUCAUCUGGAGGAACAAAGGGCAAGCAAUCACAGAGGAAGGAAAGGAGCGUAACCGAAAAUAGCUCUUCAAGCAGGUAUUCUUCAUCUCAAGGUCUUCAAGAUAGCUCCUCCAACAGCGUGGGCGAUGUGCCAAAGUCCAAAAACUGAGAAUUUUCUGGUUGUCUGAUCCACUGACUGUCUUAAACUACUAAACCCUCAACGAUGUCUCUGCUUUGACACCCGGAUGGUAUUUUCACAUUCGAGUUUCAGAUUCUGAUAUCUCCUCCAACUGAAUCUCCACUUUGAAAGCAAUGGGUUUCUUUUGUUGGUUAGGAAUUAUUGUGAUUGGGGUGUGGUUCUCUUGGCACUGGGAGGGCUCGGAGUCGCUUCUUUGACCCUGUCAUUUAACCGAUUUUUCCAAAACAAAGUUCUGCGGAUCUGUUGCAAGGGUGACUCUGAAACGCUGUCUAGUUCCUGCGUGGACGAAUGUACUUGUAAUUUAUAUGUAGGAUGCCCCUAACUCCUUGAAAUUUUGAAUCCGUUCGCAGGAUUUCCUUGUAAAUGGCUCUUUGCCACUUUUGGUAAUAUAUAUUUUUCCGCGGUUCUGGCCUA